UAUUUUUGUAAAAAAAUCAGCAAUUCUUUUCCAAAAUUCACAUUGAAGCCCCGCCCCACCCCAACGCCCGAACGGUUCUCUGCUUCUCAAGCCCUAUUGUCGCUCGCGCUACGCCGCCACAGCCGGUCGUUCCCAUCGCCGCCGCCCGCGCUCUAAUCACAUAUUCUCGCCCCCUCAGCCCUAAUAUCAAAAAAAGUAUUUUGAAACUCCGGAAAAUCAAUCAGAGGCUAGAGAGUUCAUUGUUCUUCCCCUGAGCGGGUUGCAGAGAUUGAAUCUUGAUGGCUGGUAGAAAGUUAGUUCGGGAUCUGUUUCUCUCUAGACAAAGCAUUUUUUAUCAGCUUACCUCCCAUGGGAGCUCCUGUACAAGAUCCCAAUUGCUCUUACCAAAUGGUUACUCCAUCAAUCGUAGAUUCAGUGUAUUCAAUGAGUUCUCAAAGAAAGUGAAAGGCGAAGCAAACAAAAACCCAGAAUUUCAACAAUCUGUCAAAGAGUGGAAGGAGAAGGCAGAAGAACUUAAAGGUGCGAAAGAAGACAUAAAAGUUAGAACAAAGCAGACAACUGAGCAGCUUUACAAGCAGGUGGAUGGCAUGUGGUCCGAUGCUGAGGCUACAGCUAGAAAGGUUUCUGCCGAUGUCAAAGAGAAAAUAUCAGCUGCUACAGAAGAGGUGAAAGACGCUUUUGGAUUCGGUCAAAAAAAAUCUUCAGGAUCUACUUGUACCUCAACUGAUCAUGGUGCUGAUGCAAAAAAGGAUGGAAGUGAGGCCACUUCUGAAGAAGGCAGACAUCAGCAUCCUGGUUCUAGGGACACCUCGGAAACGGUAUUUGGAAAAUUUAAGUCCAGCAUUCCUUCACCAGGUAUCUCUGCAUUCGAAAGGUUGAAAAAAGCAAAGUUAAUUGACUUAACAAAGAAGGGCUAUGAAAUUGUAAAGGAUGAGUUAAGUGGAAAGCCACAUAAGAAAAAACAUUUGGAGUAUGAGCCUUCAGCCUCGCCAAAAGUUGAAAGAAGUACCAGAACCGAUGUUGUUGUUUUGCCAUCAAAACAGUCUCGAUGGAGUAAGAAGUGGGAGGCAUUCAAGGAGAAGAUGCAAGGUCAUACCAUAUUCAAGCGGGUUACUGGUUAUGGUGAACCCGUAGUGUCAAAGGGUCAGGAGAUAGCUGAGGAUAUUCGUGAAAGAUGGGAGACAAGUGAUAACCCUAUUGUUCAAAAAAUUCAGGACAUAAAUGAGAAUGUAUUUCAAGAAUCAGAUGCUGCUACUUCAUUCAAGGAAAUUCGUCGCAAAGAUCCGUACUUUUCUUUACCAGAUUUUGUAGCCGAAGUUCAAGAAGCAAUCAAACCAGUGUUGACUUCUUACAUAAAGGGAGAUUCUGAAACUUUAAAGAAAUAUUGUAGUGCUGAGGUGAUAGAACGUUGUAAAGCGGAGCAUCGGGCUUAUGAAAGCCAAGCUAUCUUCUUCGAUAACAAGAUUUUGCACAUUUCAGAGGUUGAAGUACGGGAGACCAAGAUGAUGGGCAGCACUCCGAUCAUCAUUGUAGCUUUCCAAACGCAGCAGGUCUACUGUGUACGUGACGCACAUGGGUCAAUAAGGGAAGGUGGGAAGGACACUAUCCACACUGUAUAUUAUGCAUGGGCUAUGCAAAUGUUGGAUCCUGAAGAAGUUGGAGAGGGAGCUCCUCAUGCCAUUUGGAGAGUUAGGGAAAUGCAGCAGUUUGGUGUUCAAGCCCUCAUUUAGUACCUCAUCAAACUCUUCUACUUCAUCAUCCCUUUUUUCUUCUUUAUUUUAGUCUCUGGAUCCUUCCUCUGGUUUUUGUUGUUUAGUUUCCAGAGAAAUAAUUUAUUUAUCAAUUUUGAUCCAUAAAAUUGGGGAAUUAACCAUAUUUUCUCCAGGAAACAAGCCACACCAUUCCCGGUUCUAUAACAAAAUUCUCUGUUCUAAAUGUGUUAAAUCAUUAGAUGCUU